GGGUCCGGGCGUGCGCCCGCCAAUGGCCCUCGGGCCGCCGCCUGCGCGCCCCUCCCUGCGCCCAGCCUCGCCCGCCCGCCCCGGGCCGCGGAGCCCCCGACCGGGGCGAGAUGCUGAACGGCGCCGGCCUGGACAAAGCUCUUAAGAUGUCCCUGCCCCGCAGGUCGAGGAUCGGCUCCUCAGUGGGACCUGUUCGUUCUUCUUCAGGUUACAAGAAGGCAGAUGAUGAGAUGUCCCGGGCCACGUCUGUUGGAGACCAGCUGGAGGCACCAGCUCGCACCAUUUACCUCAACCAAACGCAUCUCAACAAAUUCCGUGACAACCAGAUCAGUACGGCCAAGUACAGUGUGUUGACAUUUCUACCUCGAUUCUUGUAUGAGCAGAUUAGAAGAGCUGCUAAUGCCUUCUUCCUCUUCAUUGCCUUAUUACAGCAAAUUCCAGAUGUAUCUCCAACAGGAAGAUAUACUACCCUGGUGCCAUUGAUCAUUAUUUUAACAAUCGCAGGCAUCAAAGAGAUUGUGGAAGAUUUUAAACGACAUAAGGCAGACAAUGCCGUUAACAAAAAGAAAACGAUAGUGUUAAGAAAUGGUAUGUGGCAGACCAUUAUGUGGAAAGAGGUGACCGUGGGGGACAUUGUGAAGGUCGUCAACGGACAGUAUCUUCCAGCAGACAUGGUCCUGCUCUCCUCCAGUGAACCUCAGGCAAUGUGCUAUGUUGAAACAGCUAAUCUAGAUGGGGAGACAAAUCUUAAAAUACGGCAGGGUUUGAGUCACACUGCUGAAAUGCAAACAAGGGAAGUGCUGAUGAAGUUAUCUGGAACUAUAGCAUGUGAAGGGCCCAACCGUCAUCUCUAUGACUUCACAGGAAACUUGAACUUAGAUGGGAAAAGCCCUGUUUCCCUUGGGCCUGACCAGAUCUUAUUAAGAGGUACACAGCUUAGGAAUACUCAGUGGGUCUUUGGCAUAGUUGUUUAUACUGGACACGACACCAAACUCAUGCAGAAUUCCACCAAAGCACCUCUCAAGAGAUCGAAUGUUGAGAAAGUGACCAACGUGCAGAUCCUGGUGUUGUUUGGCAUCCUCUUGGUCAUGGCCUUAGUCAGCUCAGUGGGGGCCUGGUACUGGAACGGGUCUCAAGGUGGAAAGAACUGGUAUAUCAAGAAGAUGGAUACGAGCUCAGAUAAUUUUGGAUACAACUUGUUGACAUUCAUCAUCUUGUACAACAAUCUCAUUCCCAUCAGUCUGUUGGUAACUCUUGAAGUUGUGAAAUAUACUCAAGCCCUUUUUAUAAACUGGGACACAGAUAUGUAUUAUCUAGGAAAUGACACUCCUGCAAUGGCCAGGACAUCAAACCUAAAUGAAGAACUUGGGCAGGUAAAAUACCUAUUUUCUGACAAAACUGGAACUCUUACAUGCAAUAUCAUGAACUUCAAGAAGUGUAGUAUUGCUGGAGUAACCUAUGGUCAUUUUCCAGAACUGACAAGGGAGCCAUCCUCUGAUGAUUUCUGCCGGAUAUCUCCUCCCCCAAGUGAUUCAUGUGAUUUUGAUGAUCCCAGGCUCUUGAAGAACAUUGAGGAUCAUCAUCCCACAGCUCCUUGCAUACAGGAAUUCCUCACCCUUCUGGCUGUGUGCCACACUGUUGUUCCUGAGAAGGACGGAGACAACAUCAUCUACCAGGCCUCGUCCCCAGAUGAAGCUGCUUUGGUGAAAGGAGCUAAGAAGCUGGGCUUUGUCUUCACAGGCAGAACACCAUACUCAGUCAUCAUAGAAGCGAUGGGACAGGAACAGACAUUUGGAAUCCUUAAUGUCCUGGAAUUUUCUAGUGACAGAAAAAGAAUGUCUGUAAUUGUUCGAACUCCUUCAGGACAACUUCGACUCUAUUGUAAAGGGGCUGAUAAUGUCAUUUUUGAGAGACUUUCAAAAGAUUCAAAGUACAUGGAGGAAACAUUAUGCCAUCUGGAAUAUUUUGCCACAGAAGGCUUGAGAACACUAUGUUUGGCUUAUGCUGACCUCUCUGAGAAUGAGUAUGAGGAGUGGCUGAAAGUCUAUCAAGAAGCCAGCACCAUAUUGAAAGACAGAGCUCAGCGGUUGGAAGAGUGUUAUGAAAUCAUUGAGAAGAAUUUACUGUUACUUGGAGCCACAGCCAUAGAAGAUCGCCUUCAGGCAGGAGUUCCAGAAACCAUAGCAACUCUAUUGAAGGCAGAAAUUAAAAUCUGGGUGUUGACAGGAGACAAACAAGAAACUGCAAUUAAUAUAGGAUAUUCCUGCCGGUUGGUCUCCCAGAAUAUGGCCCUUAUUCUUUUGAAGGAGGAUUCUUUGGAUGCAACAAGGGAAGCCAUUACUCAGCACUGCACUGACCUUGGGAAUUUAUUGGGCAAGGAGAACGAUGUGGCCCUUAUCAUUGACGGCCACACCCUGAAGUAUGCACUGUCUUUUGAAGUCAGGAGAAGCUUCCUGGACUUGGCACUCUCUUGCAAAGCCGUCAUAUGCUGCAGAGUGUCUCCUCUACAGAAGUCUGAGAUAGUGGAUGUGGUUAAGAAGCGAGUAAAGGCCAUCACCCUUGCCAUCGGGGAUGGUGCCAAUGAUGUUGGAAUGAUCCAGACAGCCCAUGUGGGUGUGGGAAUCAGUGGGAAUGAAGGCAUGCAGGCAACUAACAACUCGGAUUAUGCCAUUGCACAGUUUUCAUACUUGGAGAAACUACUGUUGGUUCAUGGUGCCUGGAGCUACAAUCGGGUGACCAAGUGCAUCUUGUAUUGUUUCUACAAGAACGUGGUCCUCUACAUUAUUGAGCUUUGGUUCGCCUUUGUUAAUGGAUUUUCUGGGCAGAUUUUAUUUGAACGUUGGUGCAUCGGCUUGUACAAUGUGAUUUUCACAGCAUUGCCGCCAUUCACUCUGGGAAUCUUCGAGAGGUCUUGCACUCAGGAGAGCAUGCUCAGGUUUCCCCAGCUCUACAAAAUUACCCAGAAUGCCGAAGGCUUCAACACAAAGGUUUUCUGGGGUCACUGCAUCAACGCCUUGGUCCACUCCCUCAUCCUCUUCUGGUUUCCCAUGAAAGCACUGGAGCAUGAUACUGUGUUGGCCAAUGGUCAUGCCACAGACUAUUUAUUUGUUGGAAAUAUUGUUUACACGUAUGUUGUUGUUACUGUUUGUCUGAAGGCUGGUUUGGAGACCACAGCCUGGACUAAAUUCAGUCACCUUGCUGUCUGGGGAAGCAUGUUGAUCUGGCUGGUAUUCUUUGGUGUCUACUCAACCAUCUGGCCCACCAUCCCCAUUGCUCCAGAUAUGAAAGGACAGGCAACUAUGGUCCUGAGCUCCGCACACUUCUGGCUGGGAUUAUUUCUGGUUCCUACUGCAUGUUUGAUAGAAGAUGUGGCCUGGAGAGCGGCCAAGCAUACCUGUAAAAAAACAUUGCUGGAGGAGGUGCAAGAGCUUGAAACUAAGUCCAGAGUGAUGGGGAAGGCGAUGCUUCGGGAGAGCAAUGGAAAGAGGAUGAACGAGCGUGACCGCCUGUUAAAGCGGCUCAGCAGGAAGACGCCCCCCACGCUCUUCCGGGGCAGCUCUUUCCAGCAGAGUGUCCCCCAUGGAUAUGCCUUCUCUCAAGAAGAACAUGGAGCUGUUACUCAGGAAGAAAUAGUUCGUGCUUAUGACACUACCAAAAAGAAGUCAAGGAAGAAAUAAGACAUGAGUUUCCCUGAUUGAUUCUAGGAAAGAUGUGGUUUGUUGCACCCAGUGUUAACACAGCUUAGAAGAGACUGGUGUCAGCAGCCAAAACACUGGAAAACACAUUUCUGUGGCCUUAGCCAACCAGUUUGUUAGUUAUAUAUUCACUCCCAAACCUGGAGUAUAUACUGCAGGGGAAGCCAUUUUUUUCCCCUUCCAAUUUGUCUGCAGUGCUUGGCCUAAUUUUUGUUUAUGUUGUUACGAAGCAUUCAACUGUGCUCUGUGAGGUGUGAAAUUCAAAACAUUAUGUUCCACCAAUAUUUAAACAUCAAUACUAGUUGUUCUGGGAGAAAAGUAAAAGGGUUUUAUGUUGCGUGAGAAACCCAUCUUGUGGAAUUGCAGUGGGGACGCACUGACUUCCUGUUUUGUUAACACAGAUUAAGUCCACUGGGCAGCAUGUAAACUUCACUUUAGGCAGGUUGCCGCCUUGCUUUGAUUCCUAUUUUGUUUGUAUGAGGUUGGCAUAAACUUCUUGAUUGCAAUGAAAUCACAAAAAAAUACGUAUCUGAUGGUAAACGUGAGGACGUUUAUUUGGACCUGCUAGCCACAUUACCAGCAGGGCAAACCAGUUGGUGUUCCAAGAGUCCGCUGCCCCUCCCCAGGAGCACUCCGGCCCCCUUCCUUAGACCUUCUGCAUGGCUGGCCACUGUGCCCAGUGCAUGGCGACUGGUGGGCAACCGACCCAAAUCUGCACUCACCCCUGCUCCAGAUAUGGAUGCGAGAAAUCCCUUCUUCCACCACUCUUUUCCUUCUAUAACUACAGAGAAGAAACAUAACUCUUCUGCAUAUAUUAUAAAUAUUUAUCUCCCUCUUUCUGAUGACGGGGAAGUCUUCAGGUCAGAGUGGGAACAGAACCAUCUGGGCACCCCUGCCCUGGUCUGCUACGCAGUGCUCAUUUCCCCAUGUCCCAACCACUGGACCUUUGGCCUCUGCUUAAAUUAGAACCCACGCUUGUGUUCUUGGCAUUUCAGAACAUAUUUUGGAUUUUCAUUGUUGGAAAUGUAUGAAUGUAAAGCCUGUCUUCUCAAUGAAGAAUCGCACCUGUCACUGGAGCUCUAGAAUCAGGGAGGAGAAGUACAUGCAGGUGGUGACUAAGGGACCUCAAGGGUCCAGGGGGCAGAUGACCUUUGCGGUAGAAAGCAAGAAGCAGGGGCACAGAGACUGGGAGGGGGACACAGAGGACAUUUUCCACCAGAUCUCCUCAGUAGAAACUCUGAAAGCAAGCCCUAAAGUCCUGACCGUUGCCAUGAUCAGCCUAAUGUAUCCAGGAAGUUAAACAUGAUGUUGACAUCCAGUUUUAGUUGAAAAGAAUUCCAAACAUUUCCCAAAAAAUGUCCUCUUUUUGUAUUGAAAAGGUUUCCUUUCUUUAUCUAGUCAGUGUUAGAUAUAGGUACCUCUAAAUCUGAAAUGUCCUGAGUCUAAGAAAAAGAAGGGAAAUGCUGAGUCACCGACUGGAAGAUGGAGUCCCACAUUCUAAAUUUGGACAGAACCGGGAUGCCUUGAGGCAUGAUGUGAGCACCUGGAGCCCUUAAUAAACCACCAGCCCGGAGGCUCUUUCUCUCCUCUCUGCUUUGGUUGCCAAAUCAGAUUUUGGGAGGGCUUAACAUAAAUACUUCUGGGCAGCUGUUAGUGGUUAAAAUGGCGCAGUCCCUCUAGGAAUGGCUGUGCUAAAUUAGGAACUAAAACAAUAGUGCACUUGGCUUCCAAGGCCUUUGUUUUCAGAGUAUCCCCAUCUUAUUGGGCAUUGAAAUAAUUUAGAGUAUGAUGCAUUAACUGCAAAAACUAAUCCUUCACUUAUGAGAUGACUAUGAAACAGAGGGCUUGAGGGGAAGCAAAGCAAUGCAAUUAACAGGUGAGACUCAGAAAAUUGUCCUUCCUUCCUCCCCAAGGUGAUAAAACAUUUUAAAUACCAGAGAACCCAUCAAGAUGAAUCAUUGAAUGACUGUCGUGGAAGAAUUACAAUCCCCACCCCCACCCACACCCCGCAAAAAACUGACUAUAAUUAACAAAGCAAGGUAUGUAUCUUUAUUGCACACCUAGAAAGAUGGCCUAAAUACAGAGAAAAAGUUAGAGCCGAAUGUGUAUUUGGCAUCCUGACUAUUUGAUUUCAUUUGGGAACUAAGUCUAUUUGUAAAGAGGGAACUCAAACUCAUUUUUGUCAAACUCAUUUUGACUCAUUUAGCUCUUUCUUGAGCUUGAAACCUUCUGAAUUAGAUUUGUUAAUUACAAUGUGUGUAUUCUUUGGGCCUUUUAAAUUUUUUUUUUUUUACAUUAAAAUAUAGUUCAAAU